AUGUUGGUUGACAUAUUGGACUGGAUAUUGGAGUGCGAUGGGGUCAAACCGAAGUGCUCGCUAUGUUCUAGGCUAGGCAAACCUUGCACCUACGUUGAGCAGCGUCCGAAGAAGAGAAAGUACUGGGACGAAGACUAUGUGAAAGGUCUCGAGCAGCAGGUACAAGCUCUCCUCGCUGUUGUAAGACAAUACGAAAGACAGUUUGGUAUCUUGCCAUCUUCGGAAACGGCUCCGUUGCCACUCAUCAAAGGCCUCAUACCGGAUGAACAUCAGGAAUUCGAAUCGAACCUUGUCAGUUAUCGGCAGCAUGAACACAGCGAUGGCCUGGAAGGACCAAUAUCUCUCGCAGCAACAUUGCAGAAUCAUCAAGAGCUGCCUCCAUUUCCUACCCAUGAAAGAUCUCCAGUGGCCUUGGAAGAGCUAAGUGUCAUGAUGUGGAGGAUGAACCUGGGCGACGGCGCAGUCAUCACCCAGGACGGCGACUCGGCUCUUUCUUAUGAGAUUGCAGCAGAUUGCGCUGUGGAAUUCUCUCAUUUCUCACCCCCUGAUGAAAUCCUCCGCUACAGUCGAGACUCGAACUUGCUAUCGAAACUCGCGUCAGUCUUCCUCGACAACAUCAACCAAGAGCAUCAAUUUACACCAUACACAUCACCUUCAUUUCUGGAUCAAUACCCAUACCAAAGUAUCGAUGAAACCUUCCUCCAUACUGCCAUACUUGCAACAGGAGCCGCCUUCCUAGCAAGCCGAGACCCGAAUAUGGCCAAGAUCGGCGAGGACUUUGCGAAGUACGCAGAAAAGCUCGUCUUUGACUGUUGUCGCUAUCGGCCCACGCUAUCAGUAAUUCAGGGAAUGUGUAUCCUAUCAUUCAGAUCUUUGUCCAUUGGGAAAGACCACUUGGGCUGGAUGUUCAUCUCUAUGGCUGGGGGUUUGUGCGUUCACUUACGACUACAUGUUCUUGCGUUGGAUGAAUGUGCUGGGAGAGCUUUGAAGCCUACGUCGCCAGAGAUCAGGACGUUCUGGAUGUUCUACUUUGUCGACGUAUCUGCAAUCACAAUUCUGGGGAGGAAUUGCGCACUUCCGUGGCGGCGCGUCAAUGUGCCCGAAUUCCACACAACGUUGAACGCCGAAACCGCAGGCUUGGCAGAGCUCUCAUUCGCAUGGCAGAGUCAGCUAUGGUACACCCACGCCGAAGCCAUGGACCAGAUAUUCGCCCCAUCCUUUGAGAAGCUUGCUAUGGCACAGCAAAUCAGGCUUCUCGUAUCGACGCUCGAGCAGCUCAACACCUUCUUCCGCUCGAAACCACACCGACUGCACAUGAACAAUGACGCCCCGAAACCAAUCGUUUUCUUUCACUUGCAGUAUCAUAUGGCAAUAAUGAUCAUCAUAUCGUCGUUCCUGCGAUCUUUCACCUCCUCGGACACCCCUGGUAUCAGCGAAGCCGAAGCAAAUAGUUCACUACUCGUACUACGAUCUAUCACGAGCGCUGCGUCAGAGACAAUACGUCUAUGUCGGCUGUAUCGGGACAAGUACACCUUCACGAUGGCACAUCCUAUCAUAGUACACCAUCUUUUGAGCGCGAUUCUUGUGCAUCUGAUGAACGCCACCAGUAGCGAUAUCACUUUGAGAAGACAGAGCUCGCGUUGGUUACGAACAGGGAUGGGGCUUCUGGAUGAACUGCGGGAGAUAUGGCCCACGCGCGUUAAUAAAUGCAUCCGUGUGGUGCGCGUGCUGGCUCAAAAAUGGGGAGCAGUAGGUGCUCUUCCAAUGGCAUUCGCAGCUCCUGUUGAGCCGUCCGCGCAGGAAAGGGAAUCACCACGACAAGAUUCAAGCUUUUCCAGCCGACUCAAUGACCCAGCACAGACGACUGUUGGGUUCUACGAUGGCCAUGAUGUCACUCCCUUCAAUGGGCAUGCAUGGCAAACCGGAGAGAUGUCAUCUGUAUCAGAGCUGUUAGGGGCUUUUGGAAGUUUAUCCAGCUUGCCAGAUCUCGGAUGGUUGUACGAGGGUCAAGAUUUUGAUACAAGCGGAAGUUAG